AAGUUGCACCUUUUGAGGAAUGGGUUUACUCAAGAUUAUCGUCAAUGGGUAUGUCAUUGGGAACCUAUGGUAUAUGCAAAUUGUAGUGAAACUCAGUGUAAUUCUUUGAGAUCGCAAGAUGUGGAAGGAUCAAGCUCAUACAUGGACAUGAUUAUUGAUGCAAUUGGUCCUAACUUUGAUCCAUAUUAUGAUGCAAGUAAAGAGGAAAUGCCAAACCUUACAACUCAAAAAUUGUAUGACAUGCUUGAUACAGCAGAAGAACCUUUAUGGCCUGGAUGUGUAGCUCACACUCAAUUAUCUGCCGUUGCCAGAUUAUUAACAAUAAAAUCUGAGUUUCAAAUGUCAGAGAGGUGUUAUGAUGCUAUAUUGCAAUUUAUAAAAGAGGCAUUACCAACUAAUAAUAAGUUGGUUGAUACCUUCUAUAAUACAAAGAAUUUUAUUGCUGGCUUGGGUCUUCUAUGCGAGAAAAUCCAUUGUUGCAUAAAUGGAUGUAUGUUAUAUUGGUGUGAGCAUAGUGGCAGAAGAAGUUGCAAGGUUUGUGAUCAUCCUCGAUAUAAAAGCGGGAAGAGAGGCAUAAGGAAUCACAAAGAUUAUUCACUGAAUCAAAAGAUGUAUUAUUUUCCUCUGAUACCUAGGCUACAAAGAUUGUAUGCUUCAAAGGUGACGGCGAAGGAUAUGAGGUGGCACAAAGAGCAUGAUAAAAAAGAUGGCGUGAUUUGCCAUCCUUCUGAGGCUGAAGCAUGGAAGCAAUUUGAUCUCAUACAUCCUCUUUUCGCAUCAGAGGCUCGAAAUGUAAGACUUGGGUUGUCUACAGAUGGGUUUCAACCAUUUGGACAAUCAAGCAAGCAAUAUUCUUGUUGGCCUGUUAUUAUCACACCAUACAAUUUACCGCCGUGGAUGUGUAUGAAGGACCCUUAUAUGUUUUUAACUGUUAUUGUACCUGGCCCCAAAAACCCAAAGCAGAAGUUAGAUGUGUACUUGCAACCAUUAAUUGCAGAGUUAAAACAUUUGUGGAAUGUUGGAGUACAAACAUAUGAUGUGUCCAAGAAACAAAAUUUUCAGAUGAGAGCUGCACUCAUGUGGACCAUUAGUGACUUCCCAGCUUUUGCAAUGUUAUCAGGAUGGAGUACAGCAGGCAAAAAAGCUUGUCCAUAUUGUAUGGAUAAAUCAAAGUCUUUUAGCCUUGUUAAUGGUGGUAAAGUUUCAUGGUUUGAUUGUCAUCGGCAAUUCCUACCAACACAUCAUCCUUUCAGAAGAAACAGAAAAUGAUUUCCUAAAGAACAAGAUUGAAGAGUCACCACCUCCAUCUAUUUUUUCUGGGCAUCAAAUUUUGAAACAAAUCGAAAACUUAAAGUUGAAGAAAAUAACAGAAGUUGGUGCUGAACAAUGGAAUGCUCCUAUUUGUAAGUCAAGUGGAUGGCACAAGCGUAGCAUAUUUUGGGAUUUGCCUUAUUGGAGUACUAAUCUCAUCCGCCAUAAUCUUGAUGUCAUGCAUAUUGAAAAAAAUGUUUUUGAAAAUGUGUUUGACACAGUGAUGGAUGUGGAAGGCAAAACCAAAGAUAAUGCAAAAGCAAGAGAGGAUGUGAAAAUAUAUUGCAAGCGUAAAGAAUUGGAGAAAAAUGAAGCGACUGGGAAAUAUCCAAAAGCUUGCUAUAGCUUAAGUAAGGAAGAAAAAAAAGUUGUUUGUGAAUGGGUAAGUCAACUUCGAUUUCCGGAUGGGUAUGUUUCAAAUAUGGCAAGGUGUGUUGAUAUGUGCAAGUAUAAAAUGUAUCGAAUGAAAAGCCAUGAUUGCCAUGUAUUCAUGCAAAGGUUAAUCCCUAUAGCCUUUCGUGAAUUAUUACCAUUGUCGGUAUGGAAAGCUUUGAUAGAGCUAAGCUUAUUUUUCAAAGAUCUUACUUGUUCGACGAUUAGAGUGGAAGACAUGAAUAGGCUUAUCAAAGAAAUUCCUGUAAUAUUGUGCAAGUUGGAGCGUAUAUUCCCUCCGGGUUUCUUUGACUCAAUGGAACAUUUUCCAAUCCACUUACCAUAUGAAGCAAAGAUAGCAGGGCCAGUGCAAUAUCGUUGGAUGUACCCAUUUGAGAGGUUCUUGCGUCAUUUAAAGAAGAAAGUAACUAACAAAGCCAAGGUUGAAGGUUCAAUUUGUAAUGCGUACUUAGUUGAAGAAGCAUCAACUUUUUGUUCAUAUCACUUUGAGCCUCAUGUGAACACAAAGUUAAGAAAAAUACCUCGUAAUGAUGAUGGAGGAGAGGUUGAAACAUCUGAAGGUCUUUUAUCAAUAUUUAAUUUUCCUGGUCAACCAUAUGGGCAAGCAAAAUCAAGGCGUUUGACUGAUAAAGAAUACCAUCAAGCUCAAACUUAUGUCUUACUAAAUUGUGAUGAGGUUCAACAAUAUGUCAAGAUAUUUGUGGAAGAGGUGGUGGGAAAUACACCUAAUAUAACUGAUGCACAAGUUGAUGGUAAAUUGGAAAAUGAAUUUGCUAACUGGUUUAAGAUUUACGCAUGGGAUCCUAAUAAGAAUGUGACCAAUCAAAUGAUGAAGGAUCCCGCAACUGGGCCUUUAAAAGAUAAGAUGUUGACUUUGAAACAACAUGCAAUUUCUGUAGAUCCUGCAUCAACAAACUCAGACCUACUCCAGAGAUGA